AUGAUUUCAGCAUCAACCUUUAGUUACGAGUUAUCACGUGGAGAAGGAACUCUGCAACCACCAACAUUUCAAAGUUUGUAUGAGCGAGUUGAAAAUAUCACAUGGAAAUUUGUAAACACAUUACAGCCUAUCAUAUUAAUUGAUUUCACAGACUUCGAUAAGGCGCCGUGCAAAGUGGCGCGAUUACAUAUUCUAGAAAUCCAGAAAACAAGCAUAUUCUGCGGAGAAAAAGUCCCACCAAUGGUAUAUUCAAUCGAAAACAUUACGGUUGUUUAUGAAGUUGGUGAAGGUGCAAGUUUUGGAAAAGGUUUUGUUUUACACUACGUUUUCCCAAAAAUUGCUUUGAGCAAAGACACGUUUGCAGUUUCGAAAAGCGAAGUGGUCGACAUUGCUAUUGCCGGCAUUUUCCCACAAAUAAACUGCCAAUGUACAUUCGAGUCGGAUGGCGAAAUUCACGAUCUCAGACUGGGUUCCCAAAAUACGGAAGUAGUUCAAAACUUUUCAAUUUCAGGAGUGCGAAAAUAUCACGUAUAUUGUUUCUUGGAAACAAUCAAACAAGAUUAUGUUGGAACGUUGGAAAAACUAGGAAACUUCACAAUACAUGACGAUAUAAAUUCAUCAUCAGUUCUUAUCAAUAUACGUUGGAAUACCAGCAUAUCUGUGACCUACUUGGUCGAAGCAACUGUUUCUGUUCAACAUGCAUUUAUUUAUGCAAUUACUUAUAGUUUGGUAUUCGGGACCGACACAAAGCAUUUGCUAACAAAGCAUCCAAAUUAUACUGAUGAAAAAAUGUAUCAGAGAUCUGAUAUGAAUAUGACAUUUAAAAUUACUGAAGAGGUCCAGCAACUUCUAGGGCCAGGUUUACAUGAAGCAAAGCUCGUCAUUCAGAACGAUAUCUCCAUUGCCGAAAUACCCACAGAGAUGAUUUUGAAUCUGGAACUGACUGGACUUGUAAUCGAAGUAGAUGAAUACGUUGAUAUCUACCCUGCAACAUUCCCCAUAACUAUUUACAUCCGCAAAGGUGCGCCUGCGUUUUUGGAAGUACUUCUAAAAAGCGAAGAAACCCGUAAAGUUUUAUCAAAAAAUGCAAUGAUCUGUGAAACUAUUCAUGAAUGCAACAAAGGUGUAACCGUGGAUCUUAACGUGAAAUCACCGAGUAAAUUCAAAAUUUACGUCACUGCAAACAAUAGUUUAGGGCCAUUGACAGCUAUGUCCGAGACUAUUGAAAGUUUUCAUCGGGUACACGAAGUAUUUGCUACUUUUGAAUCGCCUGCUUAUGUUGGAAAAAAGGUGAAGAUAUUUAUCUUUUACAAGAUUUACGUGGACAUUGCAGUUUUUAAUUUACUUUUAACAAGGAAUGACGAUGUUUUAUUGGAAGAAGAAAUAUCAAAUCACAAACAGUUUCAAACAUUAGAUACCACCGCAGAGAACAUGAAACUCCCGAUCAUCCCAAAAGACUUCAAAAUUUUUGUAACAGAACAAUUAUUUGAAACGGAAGCAAAUAUUGAACUCAUUGCCAGAAUAUCAACAACAAAUAAAAAAGUCCAACUUGAAGACAAGUUCCUAUUGAAUGUGUUGAAAGACCAAUCACAAGUGUGCUUGUCGGCAGUAAAGAUUCGAGAUGGCAACAAAGAAAAUUACAAUAAUAGGACAAUUCGUGUAUUGAAGUCAUUGGUUUUAACCGCAAGUGUCAAACUCCAUUGCCAGCUUAACAAGGAGGAUGAAGUAGAAUACACGUGGACCAUUCAUAAGGACGCCAACAAAGUCUCCAUCGAAGAGAUUGAUUUUACUCAUAAUGAACUAGCAAUAAAACAAGAUCAACUUUUACCUGGAAUUUAUAUUAUAAAACUGACUGCUGUGCUUCGUAAGAAAGAUGGAAAAACUUCUGCCAAUAAUUAUGACUACUCAGCUAUUGAAAUACCGAUGCUAACAUUAAACGCAAAAAUAUGCGGAGCUUUCAAAUUAGAAAUAGGCCAGGAUAUCAAAGAAUUUGAAUACGAUGCCUCCUGCACACUAAUUCCCAAUAAUAUCAAGAUUGAAUACAAAUGGUGUUGUACGAUAUCAGAUGUUGACAUUCCAGUCGAUAAGAACGUGGGAACGUACACGAAUAAAGGUUCUUGCUUCAAAGGGAGGCCAGCAUGUUUUUCAACCUCAAAAUCUGGUCAACUUGAAAUUUCCAAUACUGUGAUAAAAGACAAACUUUUUCUUCGACUCUUCGUCAUUGCAAACAAUUAUUAUGAUGGAGUUGCAGAUCAAGAAAUUAUAAUAUUGCCUCAACCUGUGCCAAUUGUAAACAUUGUAUGCUGGUCAAAUUGCGCAACAAAUUUAAAUCCGCAGGAUUCUUUAAUAUUGCAAAUUGAGUGCGAAAAAUGCAUCAAAUUUCAAUGGGAAAUUAUUGAUUGGGAAGAUUAUGUCGUACAAGAAUGUAACUCAAGUGAUUUCUGUCAAAUUAAUCAAGAUAUUCUUACAAACAUUGGAGAAGUUGUUGAAGUAAAAGUUGAAGGCAUUGAUGAAUUUGGACGGAGUGCCACAUCCCUGUUUUAUGGUUCUGUAAAGAAGUUCCCAUCAAAUAUGACUUGCGAACAUGAUCCUAAUUCUGGAUUUGCUUUCGUAACGCAGUUUCGUGUGUCAUGUUCGGCCGAGGAUAAUAACGAUUUUAUUUAUCAAUUCUUCCUCCUAAAUGAAGAUGACACAAAUCCUUUGCUACAACAUGGUUAUGAGAACACUUUAGAGAAUCUCAUUCUUCCUCCGGGACUCACGAACAUUGGGAUUCAAGUAUGUUCAUCAACGAAUGCUUGCAUCAAAGUAAAUAUAUUCAUUGAGGUAAAACCGGCACCUGAUGAAAUUGCUGAAAAGAUCAUCAGGGAUAUUCCAACACAAAUAUCUAACGCGAUCAACUCUGGAAAUUUGCAACAAGCCACAAAGUCUGCUGCAUUAUUAUUGAAACAUGUGGGGCUGGAUAGUGAAACGAAACUGAAGUUGACGAACAAGUUGGCCAGCACACGAUUCUCAUCUACGAAAUCAGCUAAACAGAUAUCAGAUAUUUUGCGAGAAUCCACUAAAACGACGGGAAUGUUACCAACUGAUGUUGUUGAAAACUUAGUAGAAAAACUGACGGAAAUACAAGAAUGGAUUCUUUAUGACGAAGAAUCCUCGUCUGAUACCUUGAAAUCGGUUGCGUUAUCUUCUAUGCAUCUGUCGUCAAAUAUAAUGGAAUCAAUGCCCGAUUUGAACGAGACCACAAAAACCCGUCGAUCUGAUUCGUCAUUGCUUGAACGUACAGCAUCAGUAAUAGAUCAUCUGGGCUCGGAGAUUUUAAAAACUGCCACACCAGGGGAUAACCCUAUCAAUGUCACCACAUCUGCAUUCAGGGCCAAUUUAAGGAAGAUGGAGAGAAAUUCCAGCGUAUCAAUCGGCGAAAAAGAAAUCAAAGCAAGAAUUGAUUGUGACUGGUCAAGCAUAAGACAAACAGAAACUAUCAAUCUGCAGGUGAUCCGUUACCUUUCAAAGAAAACGAGAUUCAACACGCAAACUGCUGAUGUUGAUGAGGUAGCAUCAAUUUCACUUUCAACAACUCAUAAGACUCACAACUUACCGAAACCAAUAACAAAUUCAUUGAUUCCAUCCGAACCAAUUCAAUUUUAUCUACACACUGACACGGAGAUUCCGGAUUCUUCUACUGAACUAGAAUUUAAAAUCGAAGGCUUUAAGGAUGAUGUUCAAAACUUUACAUUAAAUAUUGAAACAUAUGAAAACAUGCUCAUCAAUAUAUGGCUGCUUUCGAAAGAUUUUCCACAAAAUGCAACUGUAAAUUUAACGGUUCAAACUGAAAGUGGAAACGUCGAAUCUUUUCUUAUUUUGGAUAAAUCAGAUUUUUCAAGCGAUAUUUAUUCAUGGAAAUUCCAACUUGACGGCAGAGGAAAAAUAAACUAUGAAUUUACUAUUGUAGCAUCAGUGACAGAAGAUGUCACUCAAUCUCGCAUAAAUUUAAUUUCGAAUCGCGAUAGCGCUGCUACUGCUGGAACCAUUGCAGCUACCUCAAACUCCAAUCUUAAUUUGACAAAUACAAUUUCUGAAUCAACUGCUGAAGCUGAAACAAUAUCUGCUACUAACAUUCAAGACACUGCUUUAACCCAUGAGAUUCGGUUUAAUUUAACGAUGAAUAUAUAUGCCAUGAAAUGUAUGCGUUGGGAUGAUAUGAUAAAUGAUUGGAGCACGACAUUUUGCAAGGCAAAAUCGGGGAAUGAAUCAGAUAACUUAGAUUGGUGCGAAUGUGAUCUGAGUCAAACACAGUCCGGAAGGAUGAGUGGAAAACCUACAUCGGUCAACAUAUUUUCAUCAAAGCUCCUCGUCUUCUCACCUCAUUUGCCAAAUAAAAUUGAACUCAAUGUUGUCGAAUACACAAACAACACAAGAGAAGUGGAUGUGGAAGAAACGAUUGAAAACAUCAAAGACGAACUAGAACAAAAUCCAGUUGUCCUCAUUGUCAUAUCUGUUGUUAUGUUUUUCUUCUGUGGAAUGAUACUUUGGGCCAGAUAUAAAGACAAAAUUACAGAAAACAUGACCGAAUACGUGGAAGUGUGCGAUAAUGUACCUUACGUUUCAUAUCGAUACCUCCUAACUGUAUUUACUGGAAACCAUAAACAUGCGGCACCAACAGCAACUAUUGCAGUAAAGAUAAAUGGCACAAAUCAGCAAAGCAUUUUACAUUUGCUGCAGAAACACAAUGACGAAGUUCAUUCUCUAUCACGCGGAAGCGUUGUCACGUUUUUAAUGACAUCGCUCCGAUGUGUCGGUGAUAUCACAUCUGUGGAUGUCUGGCAAGAUGGAGAAGGAAACAAUCCUAAAUGGUAUAUUGAAAGACUCGUUGUUCGAGAUUAUGAAACAAAUGAAUGUUGGUUUUUCUUGGCAAACGAUUGGUUGAACGACGAAGAACCGUUUGCUGAACCUAUGGAACUUGUAUUAUACCCAGCAACAAUGAAAGAAUUGCAUUCGUUUCGAAACAUAUUCAUUAUAAAAGUCUCAUCUUUUUUGAAAGACAGUCACAUUUGGUACUCUGUCUUUGCACUACGACCAUGGUAUUGUUACAAUAUGAAUAGAAUUGAACGAGUUGGUUGCUGCUUUCUUCUGACAAUGAUGACCAUUGUGACAUCACUAAUGUUUCAUGGACGGAUUGGAGAUGAUUAUAAUAUAUUGUAUUUAUUAUCAGCCUCUAAUAUUAUUGCAGGUCUUGAGAGUGGUUUAUUGUGCUUUCCAAUCACGUAUAUUGUCUCGGUAAUGUUUCAAUCGGCAAGAUCUCGAAACUCCAUAAACAAAUCUGACAAAGGGAAUAUGUCACUCGAGCAGAUAUCACAAAAUUACUUAUCAUCAAAAAUGGAAUUGUUCAACGAAAAAAAAAGAAGAAAAUCAUCAAAUUUGCGUUACACGCAAAAAAACUAUCGCUCGCGUAGGUCAUCUAAAACCCUCAAUCGUAAAUUCUCACAUAGCUCAAACUCUAGCCAGAACAGCAGAGCUGAUGCUAAGAAAAAGUUGUCGUCAGAGAAAGUUGAUAGCCUCAAAAAGUCAUCAGAGAGUUUGAGAUCAGAAAAAGAUGUAAUAUUUCCCGACACAACACAUCGACAACGUUCAAAAUAUAAACAAAGUAGUAAUUAUAGAACGAGAAAACUAAAAGCGCAAAAGUUCAGGGAGAGAAGAAAAUCAAGAAAUUCACCGCCCACGAAGCUUCCAAUACCUUCUUCUCGUUUCGGCAAUUCCAGUUUUACGAAGAAAGAAAUUGCAAUUAUGGAUGUUGACCCAGGUUCAUCUGAUUUCAAACCACUUCCAUGGUUCUUCCGGUAUAUAGGAUGGAUGAUAAUUGAAAUUGUAAGCACCGGAUGUUGCGUACUCAGCAUUAUAUACGGAAUUUCAUACGGAUAUAAUGACACAAUGAAAUGGCUAAUCUCGCUUUUGUUUGCAAUAUUGGAAAGUAUUUUCAUUCUUGAACCGAUCAAGUGUGUUAUUCUUGCUUAUAUUGCUGUAAUAAGUAACUCACGCUUGGAUGUAUCAGAAUGGAUUCCACCGCUUAAAGGAGAAGUUGCUUUACAACGACAUGAAAAUCCACGUAAAAUAUUGAAAGAAUUGAUUAGAGAACGUCGAACAAGCCCAAUUUAUAAAGGACCUGUUUCUAAAAAGGAUAAAAUGUACAGCAUGGAGAGUGAAACAACUGAUCAAAGUUUAUGAAAAUAACUCAAAGGGAAAUCUGUCCAAUCA